AAAUGGGUCUCUAAAAUAUUAGAAUACUCAACUACAGAGAAAUGCACCAAGCCUAAUUUUUUAUUCAAUAAGUAAAUUUAAUGAUAUGGCGUCAUAAUAUCCACUUUGUUUUGUCUUCAUUCCUUUCGAAAACAGCCAAGAUGUCGACCAAGAGAGCUGGAGGAAGAGUCGGCGGGAAAUUCCGCAUCUCCCUUGCCCUCCCUGUGGGUGCUGUUAUGAACUGUGCUGAUAAUACUGGCGCAAAAAAUCUUUUUAUCAUCGCUGUCAGUGGUAUCAAAGGCAGGUUAAAUCGUUUACCUUCUGCCACUAGUGGAGACAUGUUUGUGGCAUCAGUAAAAAAGGGAAAGCCAGAACUUAGAAAAAAAGUUAUGCCUGGUGUAGUCAUCAGACAAAGAAAACCAUACCGUCGAAAGAAUGGUGUUUUCAUCUACUUUGAAGAUAAUGCUGGUGUUAUUGUUAAUAAUAAAGGAGAAAUGAAAGGUUCCGCUAUAACUGGUCCAGUCUCAAAAGAAUGUGCAGAAUUGUGGCCAAGGAUCGCAUCAAAUGCUGGCAGUAUACAGUAAUACUGAAAUAAAUCCACACAUUGAA